CAGUGAUGCAAGCAGGCUUGCUCGGGAAAAUAAGGGGGUUCUCGUAUUGCUCUGAUUGUUUAUUUAUUUAUUUAUUUUUGAUAAAACAAUGCCUCCUGACUUGUCCACUCUGCGGAGGUUCUAUAAAGCGACUGGCGCAGAACGAGCGGGUCGUGUGUAGCGGGUUUUUGAUGGAAGGUGGGACGAGGGAGACGCUGUGAGUCUGGGGGAGUCGGGGCAUCAGCUGAGCUGCUGAGAGAGGAGGGUUAGCAGGCUAGCCUUUGUGAAAGAAUAGUCACAACACAACAACACUGUCUUGUAAAAAAGCAGUCCCCGGUUCGGUCAUCAUGGCCACUAAUGGUAACAGCCCUUCGCCCGCGAUGGGAGAGAUCAUCCAGUUAAAUGUCGGUGGGACAAGGUUCAGCACCUCCAGACAGACUCUGAUGUGGAUCCCAGACUCCUUCUUCUCAAGAUAUUUAUUGACAGAGAUCCAACAGCUUUCGCACCAAUUCUCAAUUUCCUCCGAACCAAAGAACUGGACUUACGAGGUGUCAACAUCAGCGUCCUGCGACAUGAAGCUGAGUUUUAUGGGAUAACUCCUUUAGUACGGCGCCUGCUGCUGUGUGAGGAACUGGACCGCUCAUCUUGUGGCAGCGUCCUCUUCCACGGUUACCUGCCUCCUCCAGCUAUCCCUCCCCGCAAGUCCAGUUCCGCCCCUGAUGAGCGACCAGGUCCAAGUGGAGCAGAGGGCUUCACGCGAGUCAGCCCCCUUCCCCACCCUUCCUUGUCGGACUCGCCCUGCGAUGACACUGAGAAACUAGUUCCCAUUGUUGACCCCAGGAAAGUAUUGAUUGUAGCGGGACACCACAACUGGAUUGUAGCAGCUUAUGCGCACUUCGUCAUCUGCUACAGGAUAAAGGAAUCAUCAGGGUGGCAGCAGGUGUUUUCCUCACCCUACCUCAACUGGACUAUUGAGCGUGUUGCACUUAAUGCCAAAGUGGUGGGCGGUCCGCAUGGAGACAAAGACAAGAUGGUGGCUGCUGCGUCUGAAAGCAGAAUCAUCCUCUGGAGUAUCCAAGAUGGGGGCAGUGGAAAUGAAAUAGGUGUAUUCAGUCUCGGUGUGCCUGUCGAUGACCUCUUCUUCAUUGGAAGCCAGCUGGUGGCCACGAGUCACACAGGAAAGGUUGGCGUGUGGAAUGCCGUCACGCAACACUGGCAGGUAAAGCUGCGUUGAGAUAAGAGGAGGAGGAGCAGAGCGGGUUUUUACUUCUUCUACUUGUGUCACAAAUACAAAUACGAGUUUUCAGGGGGGAUUGCCUCUGUAAGCAUAUUCUCAUCAAUACAACACAUUUCUGUAAACUGAGUGCUUGUGGUUUUUACAAUAAUUCCUAACAAUGGGCCUCAUGCAAGAACCGUUU